AUGACCACUUUGAUUCUGCUAAAUUUGUGGCUUCCUGAGCAUCAUCAUGAUGAAUUUACUUCCUCCGAUACAAAUCCAUCGAAUCAUCUCAACGAGUUGUACGAAAAAUUACAAUUAAAAAUUCGAAGAAAGAAAUGGCCUUGUUUUAAUCCCGAGCGAAAAUCAUUGACCAUGAAUUCUUUUACUCUGGUCCAUACGUUCGGAGAAGAAGAAAAUACGAGCAGUAAUAGCAAUGAUAACACUGAUUUGAUGUCCAAUAGCAGACAAAUGACUGCCGUUUAUGAUGUUAAAAUUUCGUAUCGUCAUGGAUUAAUAUUCAUUGUGGAUUACAAUCAAAUACAAGUGUUUGAUUUGUAUUCAAAACAAUUUAAACAUUUCAUCAGAUGUCAAGGAGUAACGUAUUUGUAUGUGCAGGAAGAUGAAACAUAUUCCUCAUUAAUUGUCGUUCGGCAUUUAGAUUUGCAUUCGAAUGAGGUUGUGAAAUAUGAUUUGGAAAUGUUAUUAUUUCAAAGCAGUAGCAACUCAUCAACAAUAGAAAACGAACAAACAACGGACCAUGUAAUAGAUCCAUUGUGGAAACAUGACUUACGGUCAACUAGCACGAAUGUUAGUAUAUGGAAGUCGAGAAAGUUAUGUUUUGUGGCAGAGACAGUACCUUUUUCUGCAAUUAGCGUGUUAGAUCUCAAUGAUGGACGUUUGAUUGAGACUAUUCCAACGAAACUACCAAACCUUUCUUGCUUGGCUUUUAUGGAUUUUAAUGAAACACAUGUCAACAUUGGAUCUACUAAUAAUCACCACUCCAAUUACUUAUUUGUGGGCUCUUAUGUCGAUGAAGACGCUAUUGAAAUUUAUUCUAGAACGACAACAGAACCCAAUGGAUCUAUGUUGGAACCAUGGACUCUAAUAACAACAUGGCAGGGUAUUGAUUAUCAAAUAUCUUCUCUACUAUUCGACUGGAAAAGCGGAAAUUUAAUUGUUGCAGAGCUCGCUAAACCAACAAUUCAUUUUCUGAACUUAGAUGGCGAGCAUGUGAAAGAAGUAACGUUUGCCAAUGACAAAAACAAGUCGUACGGAUGUGGUGAAAUGUGUGUGAAUGAAAUAACGGGAGAAUUUUUUAUUUGUGACUAUGACAAUAAUUUGGUCUUUGAUUUCUUGUAA